AUCCAUGAAGCCACCCCUUGUCUAUAAGGAUGGAACCAACAGAUAUUGCCACACCUUCCCAGCGAACUCGUGUCGCCUGCAAGGCAUGCAAUGCAAGACGUGUGAAAUGCGAUGCGAACGAAGGGCAGCCGUGCUGGCAUUGUCGCAUGCGGCGGAUUCCCUGCGAGUUGAUUGAAUCUAAAAGGGGCAAGUAUGCUCGGAGGCGACGCACAGGUGGGAAUCAACGAGCCUCGAGACAUGUUCGGAGAGUCAGUGAUACAUGUCUCGUCCAGCAAGAUCUAGUUGACCCAAUUAUAAGACAAGACAAUGAGAUUGAGAGACCUGGAGAACCCGCAGCCGUAACAAUGCCGAAUACCCCUGCACAGGGAUCCUCUACUUGUCAAAACAUGGGCGAAGGACCUGAAGAUAUCUCUCCCACGGUAUAUUAUGUGAUAGAGUUGAGCUACAAACCUAAUGGCGGCUCCACUGAACCGCUCACGGUCCAUCAUCCAAUACCUUCUUCUAUUGCAGACAAUGACACUGCAUAUCAGCCACAAGGACCGAUUUCGUUGCAAGAAGCCCUGUCGUUGCCGAGUCCUGAAGUGCUGGACCAAUUGGUAUACACCUUCUUUCACAAAAUCCAUCCCGCUUACCCUGUUUUCGACCGAGAACGGUUUUUACAUUCCUAUUGCGCAGGCCAGGCAUCUCCCUUGGUUUUACAGGCGAUCGCCCUUCUAGGUUUUACCAUCGGAAGCGAUGAUUUGGUUCGUGAGGCUGGGUUCAACGAUCGAGCAACGGCAAGAAAAACACACUACCUCCGUGCCAAGGCAUUGUAUGAUGCAGACUACGAGCCUGAUCGCAUGAACCUCGUGGCCGUUCUCCUACUUCUGGGAUUCUGGUGGGCCCGUCAUGAUGAUCAAAAAGAUACAUGCUAUUGGGUUGGCUGUGCAUCAUCUUUAGCGCAAUCUUUGGGCAUGCAUCGUUCCGUACAACAGUCCACCAUGAGUCAACGGAUGAAGUGCUUGAGAAAACGAAUCUGGUGGGCAAUAUAUACCCGCGAUAGACAUGUAUCCGCUGCUUUCGGUCGGCCUUUUCGAAUCCGAGAUGAGGACUGUGACGUUGAAUUUCUUGCCGAGGAGGAUUUCACUUUCGAUACAGCCUAUAUGCCUGGGCUCAUUCCGGCCCAGGAAGACCAUCAUGUCUCAUAUGUUCUUGAAAUGUCAAAACUGGCAGCAAUAAUUGGGGAUAUCAUCACGGCAGAGUAUAGCCCUCGCCGCACUCUACUUGGACAUCUUCAAAUAGAUACAUUAAAGCAGAGACUCACGGAUUGGGAAGUUGCGUUGCCCGAUCAACUUAGAAUCAGACCAUCUGACAGUUAUCGGGGGGCCUCAUUCUGGGCCUCUAUGGCCCAAUUUUCUUAUCAGAACACUAUCAUCCUUCUAUAUAGACCCAAGGCCGUCAGAAUCUCUUCUCUAGCAGACACAGAACGUGAUUUGCGGGCACGAGCUGCUGCAGACUCUAUCACUCGUCUUGCCGAGGAUCUCUUAUCAUCCGGGAUGAUAACCUCCGGCUUAAUCCAUCUUGUACCGGCAUUGUUUUCCGCACUCUCGGUUCACACAGUCGUCAUCUGUCGAGGAGAGCCAAUUCAUAAACAGCUAGCAGAGAACAAGUCACAGCAGUGCAUGUUGGCUUUAAGCGUGAUUGCAAAGUCUUGGCCUGUCAGGAUUUGGAUUUCAAGAGCUUUCGUCAAUCUAAUAAAAAGAUUAACAGGGCAAGGCCAAACUUUUGACUCAGCCUUCAAUGGGGCUAUAGUGAAUGUCUCGUCGAGCAUCAAGUCUAACUUUCAGCAUAAGGCGCCAUCUGCUGGCCGGUCUUCUGGAGUAACAAGGGUUCAUAUUGCACCAAAUUCUGACCCUUGUUGCACGUCUAACGCCGCCCCACAGCCUGGAGGUGAUGAUUGUUUUAGCUCUUCGUGGAAACCGUCAGGCGAUUUCGUGCAUGAUUCUCUGUGGGCCGAUUAUCUUGAUAAUGCGCUUGAUGUGGAUUUGUUACUGCAUAGUUGUGCCGACCCUACGCAACGUGUCCUUUUUGAAGGAAUAAACUGGGAUCUAGCUGAAUGA